AUAUUAGCGCUACAAAAUUAUGUUGGUAAACCGAAGCUCGCAGUUAUGCUAAUUGGCUAAUGAGCAAAUUAAAGUAACUGAACUGUAACUAUAAUGGCGCAUCAAAGAACCCCCGAUGUCAUUGAUAGCUUACUCUGCCGUUUGGUCAUUGAAGUUCGUGAGCUUUCUCAAAAGAAAAAUGACAUUGACCGGCAGGUUGAAGUUCAUAAAGCAAACAUUGCAGAAAGGAGGACUUACAUUGAAACAACUCACACACAUAUCAAGGUGCUGGAAGAAAGUGCUGAAGUAAAACACAACACUUUGAAACACAACAGGGCAGCUAUAAAAAGCAUGAAGGUGACUCAGGGCUUGCUCCUUCAGUAUGAGCGAACUUUGAGAGCAGAACUGGAGAGCGUAAAAGCCAACUACGACAAUGACAAGGAAGGAUUCAAAGACAAAAUUACAAGUUACAGGAAGCUGUUUCAGGCUCAUCAGAAGCCAUUUGCGCAAACACUCCAGGCACAAAAUGAUGACAUGGAGAGUCCAACCAUGGUGUCUCAUGAUGACGUGCCAGUCAAAACCAAGGAAGGGGGCAUAGCCCAUGUCACUGAUUGUGACGCUCCUCCUUCCUCCUCAGAGAAACGACCGGACAGUCUUAUUUCUUCCAGCGGAGAAGCAGAUGUGGGAAUGGAGAGUUCCCCUGUGAAGGACUCCAUGGCUGUCGUCUCCACUGUGAAUAUCAGUGAGAUGAAGGAAUGUCCGAGCGGUCCAGAAACCUCCGCGGACGGCAAUGCUGAAGAAAUGAUCAUGCAAUGUGAGGCCCGGGCAUCACUUUCCUGCAGCACUGAUGAAACUAGAAGCAAUGAGCAACAUGUCGGGGCACAAGAUCAUCGUGGACCAGAUGAGAUGCCCGGUGAGGAAGAGGACGACCAGGAGGUCCAACUAUUAAGCCAAGCAAAGCAGUCGCCUGUGUCGGAGGAAGAAGGGGCAGCACGUGCGCAAAUGGAGGAAAGAGCCCCAGCAGAGGAAGAGGAGCAGGCACUACAGCAACAUGGCACUCUUUCGCUUCCGCAGGGUCAACAAGCACAACCUCAGUCCUCCACCGCGCCUGGCACGCCAACGUUCCACUUUAACUUUAGCCCAAUUUCCUCACCAGUUGAAGGCACGUCUGGGAGCAAAUCUCCAGCCUUCAUGUUCUCGCUCAAUUCUAAUCCCAGCACCCCAGGCUACUCCAGUUUCGGCUUCGAUGCCGUCCCCACCCAUGAAGAGGAUCUGUCGUUCCCUUUCGGCGGCUCCUUUUUCAACGACAAGAAAAACCAGGAGACUAAAUCAGGCGGCAAGUAUCUCGCAUCUCAGACACUUUUUUUUGGGAUCACCUUCUAA